CUUCCCCUAUCGUCAUCUGCUGUAUUUGCCCAGUAGCGCGACUGGACCUUGAAAGAUCACUUUAAGGGCAAUUUUUGCCUUUUAUCGGGUAGCUAGUGUUUAAUAGUUAGGCAUGGACGGUUUCGAUGCGAUGAACGCGGCACAGCCAGCCUCCGCGAACGGUAUAGGAGCGGAGGAAGACCCCGCUGCUGCGUUCCUGGCCCAGCAAGAGAGCGAGAUCGCGGGAAUAGAGAACGACGAGGGUUUCAGCAUCCUGGACAGCGGCGAGGUCCCGUCAUCGCACGAUGCAGCUGAUGGAACAGUGAACGGGGAACCUCAGCAGGAGACCAACGGCCCCUCGGACACCUAUGCGGCCAUCUCUCACGCCGACCGGCUGCAGGCAGAGCCAGAGAGCCUGCGGAGGUGGAGGCAGGAGCAGCAGGAAAGGCUGGAGGCCCUGGACGCCAGCUCAUGCACGCAGGAGGUCGAGUGGAAGGAGAAGGCCAAGGCCGAACUGGAGGACUGGUACACCAGGCAGGACGAGCAGCUGGAGAAGACCAAAGUCAACAACAGGGUGCUGGAUGAAGAUUUCUACAAACAGCCCUUCUCUGAGCUGAUUGGUUAUGUCACACACAUUAACCAUCCUUGCUACCGCCUAGACCAGGCGGCUGAGGAGGCCAUGGCGUCGGACAUGGACGAGAACAACCCGGGAACGGAGUGGGAGCGCGUGGCGCGCCUCUGCGACUUCAACCCCAAAUCCAGCAAGCAGGCCAAGGAUGUGUCCCGCAUGCGGUCUGUGCUGAUCUCCCUUAAGCAGUCGCCCCUGGUCCACUGAUCCCGCCCCCCCUCCCGGGCCCGCACCGCCACCGCUAGCAUGGCAAUAUCUCCCUGCGCCCGACACGGAGAAACCCACAGCUGUCAGUGCUGUUGGCAGUCCCAGCAGGCCCCGUGCUCUCAUCGCAAAGAUCGAUUUAUUUUCGUAUUCUUUUAAGGACCAAACCCCACUUCUCCCAUUCCCCAGUAUGCUGUUUAUUCCACUAUGCAUUUCCCUUUGAUGUCCCAAAAAGACCAGUAAACAUGUAGUGUUUGUACGUGUGUACAUAUAUGGUGUGUGUAUGUCUGUAUAUAGGCUAUAUAAUACACACAGAGAAUGAAGAUAGAAAUAUAUAUUGGUUUUAUUCAAGAUAAGGGGCAGCCAACUGUUGUUCUGUGUACAUUUCCCAGAAUCCUGUCAUUGACAUGUCAUUAAACAUACGUGAAAUACUUCUUGUGACUUUGAUCUGAGUAGUUAAUGUUCAAUUAAAUGCUGUCGUGUUUUUGUGAAACCUUACAAUGAUUUGGAACAGUUGUAUCCAUUCAAAUUAACACAAGUUUCCAGAUAAAAUAAUAACAUAAGGAUGACCUUACUGGAAACAUCAUUCUAGAACAGGUGAAGGGUGCUUAUUGGUUUCUAAAAGGAAAGUAAAAAUGACUGAAAAUGAGCAAAAACAGUAAUACACAGAGGUUUUUUUCCAGUAUAACAAGAGACAGUAGGGUUCUGACUGGUAAGCUGUGAAUUCUCAAUGGGACAUUUACACACUGAUGGUAGCAAAAUCUCAAGAUACCCAAAAGUCAGUCAACGAUGUGCACAAAUAACUAUUUAGCUAUUAGGUUUCCAAAUAAAGUAUAAUAAAAUUUACAAGGCUCUCAAUGUGUGUAAAGGUGAAGAAGCACGAUUCACCUCAGCCACCACAGACAUAAAGCACCUAUCUAUGUCCAAUG